AUGAUGGUGAAUAGAAUUAUGAAGAAGUUACCUCAAGAUGUUGUGAUCUUUAUGCUCUUAAAACUUCCGUUGAAAUCUCUUUUGCGAUUUAAAAGUAUCUCUAAAAUUUGGUACACUCUCAUCUUAUCGGACACUUUCUUUAAACUUCAUCUCAAACGCACCACAACUACAAAAGAUGAAUUCAUUCUCUUUAUUCGUACCUUGAGAGAAGAUGAUCCAUAUAAAUUGACAAGCAUUGCGUCUUUUUUUUCCGGUGAUGAUAAAAAUAACCUUACCACUCUUUUUCCAGAUGUAGAUGUCUCACAUCUUACCUCUAGUUGUUGUACAAUUUUUAAUGAACUCAUCGGUCCUUGUCAUGGUUUGAUUGCUUUGACCGAUUCCUAUAUCAUCAUUGUACUUAAUCCAGCUACUAGAAAAUAUGUUGUGAUUCCAUCAAGCCCUUUUGAAUGUCCAACAGGUUAUUAUCGUUACAUCGAAGCUGUUGCUUUUGGAUUCGACUCAAUUGUUAAUGACUACAAGAUUAUCAAGCUUUCAGAUGUGUACUGGGAUCCUCCUACAGAUGAUCGUGGUCCUAGAGGAUCCAGAGUUGAAAUUUAUAAUUUGAGCAUUGAUUCUUGGCGAGAACAUAACAUAGAAUUUCCCUCUAUAUAUUUUUCCCAUUGUUCUGAGGUGUAUUACAAGGAAGCAGUUCAUUGGUUUACAAUUAAAGAUGACUUGGUUAUUCUUUGUUUCGAUAUAAGUAGUGAGAUUUUUCGCACAAUGGAAAUGCCUAGCGUUUGUACUGAUCUCAACGGGCCACGUUAUGGGCUUGCAGUUUUAAAUGAUACCUUAGUGCUGAUGACUUACCCUGAUUCAAUGUGUACGAUUGAUCACACAGAAAAUCGUCUUGAUAUUUGGAUGAUGAAGGAGUAUGGAGAAAGUGAAUCAUGGAUUAAGAUACACACGAUUAGUCCUCUUCCAAUUCCUAUUGAAUCCGCAUUAGUUAUCUGGAAGGAUCAUUUAUUGCUUCUUCAGACCCAAACUGGAUUUUUAAGCUCCUAUGAUCUUAAUUCAGAUGAAGUCAAGGAAUUCAAUUUGAACGGUCAUCAUGAAAGUUUGAGAGUUGUAAAAUACACCGACUGCUUAACUACAAUUCCAACACUAAGCCAACAUAGCAAACAAAUUCAACAAUUAUAG